CCAGCUAAGACUUUUUUUAGUUCCCAAAAGAUCGAACUUGGCGCUACUUUCAUUUUCUCAUCUCUGUUUUUCCAACAUCCUAAGAACAGAGUUCGUUGCUCCUUUUGUUUUCUUUAAAGAAAAAGUCAGAUUCAGAUACAUACAUACUCUGAAGAACAUGUCGACGCGAAGACGAACUUUACUCAAAGUUAUAAUUCUUGGAGACAGCGGGGUUGGCAAAACAUCGUUGAUGAAUCAAUAUGUGAAUAACAAGUUUAGUCAACAGUACAAAGCUACGAUCGGAGCUGAUUUUGUCACUAAGGAGCUUCAAAUUGAUGACAGGCUUGUCACAUUGCAAAUAUGGGACACUGCUGGGCAAGAGAGGUUUCAAAGUCUUGGUGUUGCUUUCUAUAGAGGUGCAGAUUGUUGUGUUCUUGUCUAUGAUGUGAAUCACUUGAAGUCAUUUGAAUCUCUCGACAAUUGGCACAACGAGUUUCUUACACGGGCUAGUCCACGUGACCCAAUGGCAUUCCCUUUUAUACUUCUUGGUAAUAAGGUUGAUAUUGAUGGAGGAAAUAGCCGAGUGGUAUCUGAGAAGAAGGCUAGAGAAUGGUGUGCUGAAAAGGGAAACAUAGUCUAUUUCGAGACAUCGGCUAAAGAAGAUUACAAUGUCGAUGACUCCUUCUUGUGCAUCACAAAACUUGCCCUUGCAAAUGAACGCGACCAAGAUAUAUAUUUCCAGCCAGAUACUGGUUCGGUGCCUGAGCAAAGAGGAGGUUGUGCUUGCUGAAUGCUGAAGAAACAUUUCUUACUCUCUUGAUUUAUGCAUUACUUGUUGUGUGUGUCUAUAAUCUUAAUGCUGAGAAGGACCAAUAAAACUUGUAUUGUUCCCUAAGUAAGGUUUUGUUACCUUUCUGGUUCUUCAUCUUUGACAUUUGGUGGUUCACGAUUUGUAUGUAACAACAGUUCAAGUGUACAUGUAAUGGGUUGGUUCUGUCUUCUUUAUGUAAUGGGAAACUAAUGAUGAGUCCGGUUCAGCCGCGCUAAACCGAAUCCGGUUCGGUUUGAAAUAUCAGUUAG